GUGACCUAAGCUACGCGACUGCGGACGUUUCCUGCCAAAAAUUACGAAAAUCGAUCGGAAAAAUCGAUAGAAAAAUUUUAGUUUUUGGUAAUUACUGUCGGGUAACGGGUGUUUUGUCGGAUAACGAUGGCAAAGUGAAUACAUUUUGAAUAUUUAGUCUCCUGUCGUAUAAUUAGUGUAGAACUGGUUAAUUAACUAUUUCAAAUAGUAUCUGGUGAAAUUACUCUCGCUUAUAGUAAUUCAAAUAUGUUGCAGUGAAGAACUAUAUUUUAAUUUUUAAGAUGUUCUAUUAAUAUUCUGAGAAAAACUGUACUUUUUAAGAUUGCAGGCAACGGCACAACCAUUACUCCCCAAGAAGGAGGAGAGUUGGGCGUCGGAGGCUCGAACCAGUGCCGUAAGUGUCCGAGUGGACACUGUCGCUGCGAGUGUCGCCCAACAUUCCCUCAAACCACAAAUAUCUUUAGGCAACUAAACAUGGCCGGCUGGCCCAACUACCACUCGCUAAGACCAAUGUUACCAUUUGGAGUAUCAAAUUUGCCGGUUACUUAUCCACCAGUCUGUUCUUAUUUUCCAGCGGUAACUGCCCGGAAACAGCGAAGAGAGCGUACGACCUACAAUAAAGAGCAACUCAAUGCUUUGGAAUUUCUAUUUGAGAAAACUAGAUAUCCAGAUAUAUUUGCUAGAGAGGAGGUCGCAUUGAAGAUUGGUGUUCCAGAAUCAAGAGUACAGGUCUGGUUUAAAAACCGCCGCGCAAAAGCUCGCACGCAGCAAAUUCAGCAUGAUGCCAAAAACAAAAGUAAAACUAAAAGACGUCCCUCCGCUACGACUAAUCAACCCCCAAAUAGAGACGUUGGUCCUGCAGCAGUAGUAGUUUCUCAUGAAAACAAAGUGACUCCUCCAGUAAUACUUACCCCAUCAAGCAGUGGGUCGCCUCCAGAACCUCAUACAAACCCAUUAGAGGAAAUGACUCAAAAAUACGGUCCAGUUGAACCGACAGCUAAUCCAGUGGCAUUUUCUUCUACAUCCCCCUUUAAUCAAGCCUCACAAAGCUCACCAAGAACUCAUGUUUCUCAGAUUUCUCCACAGUCGUGUACAUCAGAGCAACUUUCAGCGAACAUGAAUGCUUUUACUUUAGAAGGAAGUAGUUCUAACUUAACCCCUUCUCCUCCGGAGACUCCUAGUGGAGGAAACUCAUAUGGGUCCAACAUGUCCACUUUUGCUCCCGGAACCUCUUUUCAGCCAGAAAUGGCUUAUAAUAAUUGGUACAUGGGUGGUGCUGCAUCUAAUGCAUACCAGUAUCAAGGUGGGAGUCAAAGUGGUUAUCAUAAUCAAGCCACAUCCGAUUACUAUUCAUAUCCAGGUUGUUAUAAUGGCGGACAUAAUAUGGGCAAUAUGUACCAUCCGGCACACCACACAGGAUAUAAUGGAUAUGGAGGAUUUGACGCUGGGAGUAUGAAUCAUAUGAACCAAUAGCCAUAUGUUUUACUGGUUAUUAAUUAAAUAUUUGUAUUUUAUGCAAUUUUAAAUGAUUUAAGAUAUCUAAAACAAAUAAUAAGUAUGUUUCAAAUCUUUUAAAUUAUGUGAUAUAAGAGCCAAGGCUUAUGGUGUCCUUAAGAAUUUUAACACGUAAUGUAAACGCUAUAUAGAAGACCACUAUAUCGAGAUUUUUAGCAAGAAAUUAUCAAAAUGGAAAAUGUGUUAAUUAUUAAUGUAAUAAUUUCUAAUUAUUGAAACUAAAUUAUUGGCAGUUAAUUUCUGUGUCUUUAGAAAUAUGAUAAAUACUUGUUUAAAAAAUAGUCUUAAACAAAGUAUUCAACAAAAUAAUUUUUUAAAUAUAUUUUUUAAUAAAUCUUAUUAAAACAAUAUAACUUUAAAAAUAUUAUAAGUUUAAUUUUAAAUUCAUCCAAUGAAAUAUUCUAUUUAAUUUUUUUUGGGUCAAAUUCUUAUUUAAUGCAUUUUAUGCUGUGUUGUUAUCAUAUAGUUAUUUACCUUUUUUAUGCCUAAAUUAUUUAUUUAAAAAAAUAAACAGGAGAAUAUAACAGCAAAAUUAUUCUAAACAAAUUGGUCUUAAAGUUUACAUGGCAAUCAUAUGUAAGACGAUUAUGCAUAAUAUAUAUGCAAAAUGUACAUAUUUAUUUUGUAUCAUAGUGUAAAUACAGUAAUUGUGGCCUUAACUUAAUAUCGUACUGAGAAGAUUCUAGAGUUUUGUUUUGAGAAAGAUUGAGAUUUCAUUUUAAGAAAAUUGCAUUUAUGUAUAUUUAUUGCCCAGAUAUGGUCCUAAAGUGAGGCUUGACAAAAUGUAUAUAACUUUCUUUGAUUUGUGUAGUUUAUGUAAUUAGCUUUAUUAACAAUGAAAUGUGAGAAUUCAAAACUGUUAAGGUCAAAAUUAUCUAUUUUUUUUAAGUUUCCAAGACUUAAAACAUAUUCAAAAGUCUUUAUUUUAAUAAAGAAGAUAUACGCAAUAAGGUGGUCCGAUGCUCUUAGUUUUGUAGUAAAAU